UGGGCUGCUACAAUCACAAUGGAUCUGCUCAAGAGGCACCUGCUGUUCCUGGCCAUCGCACUUUACCUGUUUGCAGUUCAAUGCAUCCAGGCCACUAUCACCAUCCAAAAAACCAAGCCUGCUCUUCCGGAUCCUAGUCAGCUGCUCGCAAAACUACCGCCGAAGCCAGACUUCUUAAAGGAUCCCAGUCAGUUACUAGCCAAAAUCACGAAAAAUAAACCUACUCUCCCGGAUCCCAGUCAGCUUCUAGCCAAAUUGCCGCCAAAGCCCGCCUUCUUAAAGGAUCCUAAUCAGCUGCUUUCAGCACUGCCCUCUAAGUUCGUGAAACCAAAACCCGUGAUCGUUAAGCCCGUGGUUGUGGUGGUAAAGCCGGUGGUUGUCGGCGGAGGCGGUGGCCAUGGUCAUGGACAUGGACAUGGACAUCAUGGCAAGGAUAAGUUUAAGCCUUAGUUAGCUUAUAAGUAAAAUGUUAAAUCAGAUAUGCUUUUGCAUUUCGAUUUAACAUUAUAGUUGGGCAUAAAAAUGAUAUUUCAAUAAUAUCAAACAUUUUCCAGGUCAAACUGGAAAAUAUAAGUAAACAAAAACUUCAUUAAAUGUAAAUAUUAUAACUAAUAAAUGUACUCAUUACAAGUAAGCACACGAAA